GGGUGCAUUUGUAGCUGAAAUCAUGAAAGAAGAUUACGAGGUAGAAGAGAAAAAGCAAGCUGCUGCUGAUGUGUUGUUUCAUUAUUCAAAAUUUGUGUUGGCGUGCAUUGGAAAUCGGGUUCGACCAUGUGAUUUGAGGUUACAUUUGAUGAAGGAGAUUUCGGGUUUGCCCACUUCUCUAAAUAGGGAAACACCACAGACUGCAGCAUCUCCUGAUGCAAUGGGUGAGUCAUCAAGCUCAGGAACAGCAAGACUAGACAAAGUAGACAGUUUCCGAGCACUAUAGUUGAGAAUUGGUGACAACCAUCGUUUUUUGCUUGAGGCUGUGGCAUAGUAGUAGGUGGUCCUUGCUAAAUAGAAGCACUGUUGUCCCUUAUAAUAGUGCAACUUCUGUUUCCACCUUCUAUGCAUAUAGCUGUCAGAUAGAUCUUUAUCACAGUUAUUUUGUUCUAAAUUUUCUUUAGGAUUAAUGUGGUUCAACUUUGGUUCAUAUUAGUAAGUCAAUGCAUCUGUUGAUUCAAUUCAAGUUCACCAUAGGAUAAUGCGGUUGAACUUUUGACUUCAUAGGAUCUUGCAAGUUUGAAUUCAGAUUGUGUGGCUCUCAAAAUGAGUGAAACUAAAGUCAAAUCAGUCAUCUUUUGUAGAUAAAUAUUUGUUGAUGAUGUUUAUUCCUAUGUUGAUAAUCUUGUUUAU